AUGGUAAUUGUCGCCGUUGCCGGAGGUACUGGACAUCUGGGCCGCACUAUCGUCGAAGCUAUCAUCGCAACCAAGAAGCAUGAUGUCAAGAUAUUCAGCAGGAAGUCCAAUCCCGAGCUCGAGAGCGCGCUUGGCGUCGCGGUGAUCCCUGUCGACUACUCAGAUGUGGAUAGCCUGACUAAAAUCUUGGAGGAUCUUGAUAUUCAUACCGUCAUCUCUGCUCUAUCCAACUACAAUGAUGCCGAAGACAACAGUCCGCCAGAGGUUGAGCUCAUCCGUGCGGCAGACGCAUCUACGACCACGAAGAGAAUGAUCUCAAGCGUGUGGUCCGCGCCGUAUAGCGACAGACACAUCGGCCAGUUGAGUUCCGUCACCAAUAUCAAUAAUGCCAAGUUGGCAUUGCGGAAAACUAGCGAUCUGGAGUACACUGUCUUCUAUAAUGGCUAUUUCAUGGACUACUGGGGCAUGCCGGCCGUACCAUCUCACAUGCCACCUAUCAUGAUGGUGCUGGAUAUACCUAACGAUACUGCUGUCAUCCUAGGAUCCGGCAAUGUUCCUGUGACCUUCACUCACACAUUCGAUGUGGCCAAAUUUGUUGCUGGAAGCCUUGACUUGGAUAAAUGGGACCCCGAGAGUUAUGUGAUGGGUGACAAGGUGACUUUCAAUCAAUUGCUCAGUCUUGCAGAGGAUGCGAAGGGGACCAAAUUCAGCGUCGCCUUUGAUAGUAUUGAAAAGUUAAAGACUGGACAGACAACUGAACUUCCUGCUCAAGUCCCUCUAUACUCCUUUCUUCCCAAGGAAGUCUUUCAAUACAUGGUAAGUAUACACGGAUUGUGGCUCGAGGAGGGAGUAUAUGAUCUCAAGCCUGCUCGCUUCUUAAACGAUCACUUACCCCAAAUCAAACCAAUGAAAGUAAAGGAAAUAUUGGAACAGGCGUGGAAGAGAGCAUAG